UGCAGCGACUAAAGCGCUCCUUGUCCUUCAAGUCAGUGAUGCGCAGCAAGAGCGUGGACAACUUCUUCCAGCGCCCCAGCAACGGGGAAGUCCGCCUGCCCUCUGGGAUCAUCCACGAGCCUCCGCUGACCUCCUCGCCACCACCCUUUGGGGAGACGCCCCUGACCUGCGAGCGCUCGCCCUCCCUCUCCCCUUCGCUCAGCCCCAACCCCUCGCUUUCGUCCCGCUCGCCCUCCCUCAGUCCCUCCCUCUCCCUGACCUCCAAAGCCCAGCUCCAGGGCCGGCUAGUGAAGACCCACUGUUUUCAGGAGCACGUCUUCCGUCGGCCCACCUGCUGCCAGCAAUGCAAACACGUGAUCCAGGGGAACUCCAAGCAGGGUCUGCGCUGUAAAGCCUGUAAGCUGGGCGCCCACCUCUGGUGCUCCUCUGAGCUGUCCCAACAGCCCUGCACAGGAAAGACGGGGGCCUUUAAACGGAACUUCAGCUCCCCUCUCUUGACUAACGAUAUGUUAGGGGUGGUCAAGGAAGCUCCACCAUCGCAAGAGUCUGAUAAAGGGGGAGUUGACCCUGUGUAUGAGGCUCUGCGUUAUGGAACGUCGCUGGCACAGAUGAGUCGCUCUAGCUUCGGAAGCAUCACUGAGUCCCCGAUUCAUAAGGUGGAGAGAGUAGGGGAGGGACUGGAAACGCAACCAAUCGUUGAAGAGGAGAUUGUCCCAGAGACUGAGACUCUCAAUCCUCCUGAAAGUGAGGCUGAUUCAGAGGACAGGGUCAGUCUGAAGACUCCAAAGCGCAUCGACGUCCACUCUGUACACACCUAUGUGGCUCUGUACAAGUUCAUCCCUCAGGAGAAGAAUGAUCUGGAAUUACAACCUGGCGAUCGAGUGCAAGUAACUGAUGACUCCAAUGAGGACUGGUGGAAGGGGAAAAGCAAAGACAAGCUGGGCUUCUUCCCCGCCAACUUUGUACAGAGAGUGCGCCCAGGUGAGCGUGUGUGGAAGGUCACGGGUGGUUUCCAUGGUGACCGUGACAGAGGGCAGAUGACUGUGAAAGAGUCUCAGAUCUGUGUGGGGAAGAACGAAGAGUUGGACGGUUUCCUAAAGCUGAGCAGUGGGAAGAAGAGAGGUCUAGUCCCUUCCAAGUACCUUCUGGAGAUAUGACUUCCGUCAAAGAAGAGAAUUCUCUGUGUCCCGACCCUCGUUCUGCCCUGAAGACCACCCUCUAUCAGGAGCGCUUCCCUAACACCUCACUGACUGCCAACUCCCUGGAUGUGGAAAUGGACCCUCCCACCAACACCAGAAAACAUAGAGAGGGAGGGAGAAUAUGGUGGACACUGGCCAGGAUUGAAUUGGUUUCACUGCUUUGCUUGGAGUCGUGAAAUAAUUUUGAGAGAAAGGAGGGGGGAGGGCUUCUGUUGAGCUAGCUGCUUUACCUGUGGUGUACCCUCACACUCUUUUACCUGUUCACGCACACAGACACAAACACACACACACACACACACACACACACACACACACACACACACACACACACACUGCACAAAGAUACUGAUGCUAACAAUGGCCCUGGAGCUUGGGCGGCGUGACUGUAGCAGGCAGUGGUUGUCUGAAAGAUGUAUGGAUACCUCACAAUCUACACAAGCACAGCUUCUGCUUGAGCCAAGGUGGAGAAGACUGGCAGUUAUUCGCCGUGUGGUCGUGUGACCUUUUGGAUUUCAUGUGAAAGUGAAAUUUGGACGUUUUUGUGAGUCCAAGUUCUGUAGCAUUUUAUUGUAGCAGCUUGUUGCGACAAAGCUCUUUUCCUUUGAGGUUGUCCUCCCAGCCAGAUAUGGUAUAGCCGCAUUCCCUGUGGCACAGAUUAUUUAGCACAUUGGGGCAAACCAAAGUGGGUAGGUGGUGGGGGUAGAAGGGAGCCUCAAGGGCCCUAUGCUUGAUUUGAGGAUUGUAGCUUGGACAAUGUAAUUGAAAGUGUACUGUUGAGUCAAAUUUAUUGAUGCAUGCUUCACUCACUCCCUGACCAUUGGGAGGUUCAGGUCCUAGCAUUUAAUCUUUGUUAACCACCUUCUUUGCUUUACAUUGCUCAAUCCCAUUUGACAAUUUGUUUAGCUAAAUGGCUAACAGUUUUUUUUGGUGCAAAAUGGCUUCCGUGGUAUCAUCCAGGUGGGUGCCUAUAGGUGUUGGAUGAGGUUUAAAGUGCUCCGAGCAUCAGGAAAAGCGCUAAAUAAUAUCAAAUCCAUGAUCGUCAAUGAUCUUUACUAUUAAGAAGGGUUUAGCCAGGAGAGCGAGGGGAGACAGACACACAUGUUAAUCCUGCUGUGAUGUCCUUCCCAACGAUGCGUGAU